AUGGACAGACUGCGCCUGUGUGUUCACGCGUGCGCCCGGCUGCUGGCACUAAAUGAGUUUUUCCCCCAAAUCAUACAGGAGACUUCCAAAAGCUCCCUUCAGAAGACCCUCCACGCCUCAGGCCAAUCUCUGGUCAAGAGGCAGGGCUGCGUUUUCCCUCCCAGGAGGAAGGAUCACAUCGUGAUGGUGAACGGCCUCUCCAUGGAGAACGUCUCGUCCUCCUUCGCCAUCCAGACGCUGAAAACCUGUGGCAAGACCGCCAACAUCGUGAGUGUGCCUCGCGGUGGGACGGGGGCCAGCGUUGCGCACGGGACCGCACUGUGCCUGUCCCCAUCCCAGCUCCCCUGUCCCACACAACCCGUGGUUCCCGUCUGGGGCUUGGAAAUUGCGGUAGAAACAUCUCCUGGCAGAGACAGCUGCACUCACCAUCCUCUCCUUCUCAUUUUCCACCUGCAGACACUGAAAAGAUCGAAGAAAGUCCACCUCCCCGCGAGCAAGAGCAGCCCCGCGUCCCCUGCCGCCCCCCGGCGCUGUGACUCGGACGAGGACUGUGGGCUGCACGGUGCCGAUCCAGCCCUGCACCGCUCCCGGGACGACCUGGACCACAGCCAGGGCUAUGACGGGGACUCGUCCAGCGAGAGGAGCUCGGGCCACCACCGGGACGACCGCCGGCACCACAGGACGCGGACGGAGGGGACCCUCACCCUGCUCGUCCUCCGGGACCACCGGCAGUUCCUGGUCAACAUCCGCGACGUAGAAGACAGCCAGAGCGACAGCUCCCGGAUGGACGAUAUCUCUGACAUCGACUCUGAACUGUCCCAUCCGCCGUACCCUGUGAACGACACCAGUUUCCAGAACCUGACCCGCGAGGAGGCCUUGGAGUAUCUCAUGAGGCUGCCGCCGGGCAAGGACGUCACGCUGCGGACCCAGAGCAAGCAGGACAUUUACAGGAAGGUGAUCUCGUCCAGCGUGGGGGACUCCUUCUACAUCCGGACACACUUUGACUUCGAGAAGGACACACCGUCGGGGCUCAGCUUCGUCCGGGGGGACGUCUUCCACGUGCUGGACACCAUGUACCGGGGCAGGCUGGGGAGCUGGCUGGCUGCGCGCGUGGGCAGGGACCUGCAGGAGCAGGACAAGGGCAUCAUCCCCAACCAGAGCAGUGGGCACCUUGGGGAGCGGCCGGUGGUGAUCCUGGGCCCCAUCGCAGAUAUCGCCAUGCAGAAGCUGAGCACGGAGCUGCCCGAGCUGUUCGAGAUUGCCCCGAGCGUGCCCCGAGACGGGGCAUCCUCCAAGGUCAUCAAGUUGGACUCGGUGCGGCAGAUCGCGGAGAAGGACAAGCACGCCCUGUUGGACAUCACGCCCUCAGCCGUGGAGCGCCUCAACUACGUGCAGUACUACCCGGUGGUGGUGUUCUGCCAGCCCGAGAGCCGGCAGGGCAUCAAGGCCAUGCGCCAGUGGCUGGCGCCCGACUCCAGGAAGACACCAGGCCAGGGCGAGGGAGCCUGUGAAGCAGCGGGACAGGCACCGUGUGGGCACUGCGAGGCGUGA